AUGAUGGAAUAUCAGGUAUUACAAAUAUUGAUUCAAAGUAGAUUUAUAUCAUAAAAUUCCAUAAGAAAAUAAUUUAGAAUUAGAGUAAUUUAAGUCCUAUUUAUAAAUUUAUAGAAUUAAAAAUUCUUUAUAAUUAUAUUUUUAAAUGUAAAUAUUUCUAUUAAUUUAUAAAAAAAAUUUAAAUUUAUUCAAAAUUUUCACACUAGUCGAUAAUGAUAAUAAGCCUUGUUUUAGUCUAUAUAACUCAUUAAACUCUUGUUUAUUAGUUUGAUGCAAGCUCUAACGUAAAUAAUGGUAAUAUCUUAUAACUUAUUUUAGGAUGGGAUACUAACAAUAAUAAAGAUUUCUUUGCUUGUGAUGGAAUUCAUUAUUUUGGAUUAGAUAGUGGUGUGUAUUUUCUUAGUCAAAUGUUUUACGAUCUUGAACCUCAUUCUCAUGUUAUGGUGGAAGCAAAAAUUUUGAGGUAAAUGUAUUUUUGUUAAUUUUAAAAGCGUCGAUGGUAAUAAUAUCCUUACUUUUGGGGUAGAAGCUGUAUCAAUAAAUUAUGUAUCAGAUGUAGUAUCUGAAAAUUCAAUUUGUGGUGCUACAAACCAAGAAUAUGAACAUACUAUUUCUAUCACUUGGUAACAUAAUAGAAGAACUGUUUCUAUACUUAUUCUAUCAGAUCAUGGAGGAUUAAUAUCUUUAAGUUUAAGCAUCUUAAGAUGCUAGUAUGAUUGCGCUGGAUGCAUAGAGAAUUAUGAUAUGUUUUGUUUAUCAUGGAUAAUGCAUUCAUAUUUUUUUAGUUAGAAAUUGAUCUAAAUUUCUGAUGGAUGGACUUUUGGAUAAGUAAAUUAUAUACCUGUACCAGAAUGUGAUAAUUGCUAAUUUUUGGAAUUUAAAGAAAUUUAAUAUUCUACUCAAUUACCUCCUCAUUAAGAUGUAUUAAUAAGAUUUUUUAAAUUAUCAAAUAACAUAAUAGUAGAUUAUUUUUAUAGUAAAUAAACAAUUAGUUCUUCCAACUAGUAAAUAGAAAUAUUAAUUAGAAAUCAUAAAGAUCUGAUAUUAUAACUUAUUAUUAAAACUGAAUAAUCUGAUUAGGUCAGUUAUAUUAGAGAUUUUGAUAUAUUUUACACUUAGCCAGAAAAAAUGUUUAAUAAUUUAAAUGCUGGUUGUUUAGAGUAAGUUGAAGAUAGAUGCAUGAUUUGCCAAGAAGGUUGGACUUAUGAUGAAUUGUUGGAAAAUUGUAAUCCAGUUUGUGGUGAUGGUAUCAUUCAAGGUUAAGAAGAAUGUGAUGAUGGCAAUAUAAUAUCUAAUGAUUCUUGUUAUUUAUGCAAGUAUAAGUGCAUAGACUUUUGUAAGACAUGUUAAUUUGGGAUUUGUUUGGAAUGUUAAGAUGGAUUUAAUAUUAAUAGUAAUUUUACUUGCAAUCCUAUAUGCGGGGAUGGUGAAUUAAUUCCUUAUUCAGCUGAAUAAUGUGAACUGACAGAGAAUGGUGUGUGGGAUGGCUGUUAGGAUUGCAGAUUUAUAUCCGUGGCACAUUGUAAAACUACAUACUAAUCAAUUUGCUUAGAGUGUGAAUUAGGGUAUUAAAAUUAAGAAUACAUAUGUUUACCUUAUUGUGGAGAUACAAUCAUUCUUGAAGAAUAUGAGGAUUGUGAUGAUGGCAAUGAACAACCUUAUGAUGGCUGUUUUUAAUGUAAGUUUUAAUGCAUUGAAGGUUGUAAUAUUUGUGAUCGAGGAUAAUGCAUUUUGAAAUGUGAAGAUGGAUAUAAAUUUGUUAAUAAUAGUUGUCUUUCUAUUUGCGGUGAUUAAGUAAUUACAAAAGAAGAGGAUUGUGAUGAUGGUAAUUUACGACCUUAUGAUGGCUGCUUUAAUUGCAAGUAUUCUUGCCCAGAAAAUUGUUAUUAUUGUCAUCAAGGUACUUGUUUAGAGUGCAAUAAUUAAUACUAAUUGCUAGAGUCAAAUUAAUGUAAAUAAGAAUUACAAUUCGGAGAUGGAUUACUUGAGGAAUAAGAUUUAUGUGGAGAUGGAUUACUUUCGGAAUAAGAAUAGUGUGAUGAUGGAAAUUCUUAAGCAGCGGAUGGAUGUUUUGAUUGUUUAAUUGAAUAAAAUUGGAUUUGUAUUACAAUCACAAUAGACUCUCCUAGCUAAUGUACAUUCAUCAAAGCUCCAUCCUUAAUAGUUAAUUAUCUAAAUAUAACAUAAAAUAAGUAAUACAUAAGCAUAUCAUUUGAUUAAAGAGUAAAGAUAUAAACAGCUUAACCAUUAUCAGAAACAAUAAAUCUUUAAUUAUUAAAUAUAGACGAGAAUAAAUGGAAUAGCAGCUUAUAUAUAUUAUAGGAUGUUGGAUCAGAUGUGAGUUUUGGAGAAUUUAUUGCCUAAGUUGAAGUGUAUUAAUUACUUGAAUUUAGACCAGUCUUGAAAAUUUAAAUUAGUCAGACUGUUUCUAAUAUAAAUAAUGCUGUUUUGGAAAAUGUUGAAAAAUCGAUUAUACUACAAUAUCCAACAUAUUUGGAUUAAAAACAGAAGGAAUAUUCUUUAAGUUUGAAAAAUCUUAAUUAAAAUGUCAUUUACAGUUUGUCUAGAAUCACUGGUUUAGGUCUACUAUUAGGCUAAGAUGAAUUAUUUUUUGAAGUUUUGUCAAUCCUUUAAUUUUAGCAAUACUUAAGGUAUAUUAAUUUGUAAUUCCCAGAAAAUCUUGAGAUUUAUUUUUCGAUAAAUGAUUUGUUAACAGUUGAACCUCUUUUAGAUUUUGUUUAAUUUCCUCAGCUUUUAAAGUUUAUUGAUAUUGAAUAAAAUGGAGAAUAUAAUCAUGGAAAAUUUAAUGUUAAAAACUAAAACCCAAGCUUGCUCAUCAAUCUUUCAUGCCAAUUACUUUAAUUCUUUAUAUUUUUAUUAGUUAUUUUGUCACUUUAAUGGUUGA